AUGAUCACCCUGGGCCCUUGUAAAUUGCCCCUCCAACUGCAGAUAGAUCUUCUCUCUCCAACUCCCUGCAGCUUAUAUGCAUCUUAUAUCUAUCCCUGAUCUCUUCCUUCCUUCUUCCCCCCCCCCCCCCCCCCCCAGUGCCUUUGCUGCCUCCCUGGUUAGCUAGCUAGAUCUCUCUCUAGUUCUCUCUUCUCACAUGUCGACCAUCUACAUGAGCCACAUGUCUACUCUCCCUCUAAUGGAGGGAGAGCAGGAUCAGGGGCUCUUUCCGGCCUUCCAUGUCACGAAGGACCCACCUAUCUUGUUCCCGUUCAUGAUCAGCAACCCCGUGGAUCAGCUCCAAGGGCAAAGUAGCUAUGGAGAUCAGCGCUUGAGCCAUCAAGUUUUGGCUGAAUCUACUACUCAUCAACAGUUCACUGAUCGCAUGAUGAUGAUGAGCGGAUCAGACGUCUUCCCUAGGCCAUCACCGUUCCGGCCGACCAUUCAAAGCAUCGAUGGUGACAUGAUCCAACGGUCCGCGUAUGAUCCAUACGAUAUCGAGAACACGCCGCGUGCCGAUGGAUCGAUCAGUGGCUGGGCAGCGGCGGCGGCACUGCCAGUGAAGAUGAAGAUCAUGAGGAAGGCGACGAGCAGUGAGUAUCCCGAGGGAGGGGCAGCGAGAAAGCCAAGGAGAAGAGCACAAGCACACCAGGAUGAGAGCCAGCAGCUGCAGCAGCAGGCUAUGGGUGUCGUCGUUAGAGUGUGCUCCGACUGCAACACCACCAAGACCCCCUUGUGGAGGAGUGGUCCUUGUGGCCCCAAGUCUCUUUGCAACGCAUGCGGCAUAAGGCAAAGGAAGGCGCGCCGGGCAGCGGCGGGGGCGGCCGCCGCUGCCGCCAGUGCCAGCAACGGAGGAGCUCCACAGGUGGCCAGUGUCGCCGCGCAGGCAAAGCCGGCCAAGAAGGAGAAGAUCAGGGCGGAUGCCGAUCAGUCGCUGCCGUUCAAGAAACGGUGCAAGAUGGUCGCCGUAGAUCACGCUGUCACGGCUGCCAAGGCGGCGGCGCCGACGACAGUCGCUGCUCCGACCAAGCAGGAUCAGGAUCACGUCUCCGGUGACAAGGUUGCUGCUGCAGCAACGGAGGUGAGUAUGCAGAGCAAGGUCGCCGCCGCUCCUGAUCCGCCUGCCAUGUCGUCGUUCCACGCCUUCGCCGCCGACGAGAUCACCGACGCCGCCAUGCUGCUCAUGACACUGUCCUGUGGGCUCGUCCGCAGCUAGCUAGCGAGCUAUAUAUAUAGCUAGCUUCUACUAGCAGAUGAGAGAUCACUAGUAGCUACUGAUGAGUUCGACCCGAUUUGCAACAAACUAAGUACUCAACCCCUAUAUAUCAUAUUGCUUGCAUUGUGUUUCCUUGUUUGAUUUUGUGCUGAAGGAGAGGAAGAAGAUCACCAGGAGAUAUAUAGAGUGAUCACAUGGCCAAGGCAAAAUAAUAAUAAGCGUAAAACUCUGGCUAGCCAGUAAUUAGUACCAGGAUUUGCUAUAAGAGUGAGUUUUUUAAUUUAUUUACCUUUUUUCCCAGCUGUGGCUAAUUAUUCAAUCCACAAUAAGCUAUGCAACUUUGUUCAUUUGUAUUAGUUAUGUUUUGGAUCA